AUGACGAUAAGGGCGAUCGAGAAGGUCUCCAAGGGCCAGAAUGGCCUCGGUGCUUUCAUCCUGCAGUGCAAGCGCCUGGAUAUUCACUACUGUGAUUACUCCGGCAGCUCAAAGGGCAUGAACGCCUUCAUAAAGCACCAACUACCACAAUUCGCCAAAGCACACCCACAGAUUGAGUUCGCCGUAUCGCCGAAACCCCGGAAACACCCUGUCAUGAUCGGCCACUACAUAAACGGCAACCAGAAGGCCAUCUGCGUCAAGAACAUGGAGGCCUCGACCAUCGUGAAGAAGGCUGAGCUCUUGCGGGACGCCAGCGGCGAGAGGCUGAAGAAGGUCAACAAGCCAGUCACGAGUAUUGCCGAAAGUGUCAGAGGUGUGUGGUCUCCAUACCAUGGAAACGGAAUGCCGGUAUAG